GGGUCCCCUCCCCCGGUACUUAGGGGGCAGCCGUGGGGCAGGCCGUGGGGCGGGAGAGGGAGGGGAUGGAGGGGACGGCGGCCGUCAGCCCCUGGGACUUGGGGGUCAUCGGGGGGUAUUUCCUCCUCGUCAUCGCCGUGGGGCUCUGGUCCCUGCGCCGGGGGAACCGCAGCACCAUCAGCGGGUACUUCCUGGCCGGGAGGAGCAUGGCCUGGGGACCCGUGGGCGCCUCCCUCUUUGCCAGUAACAUCGGCUCCGGGCACUUCGUGGGGCUGGCGGGGACGGGGGGCGGCCGGGGGCAUCGCCGUGGGGGCUUCGAGUGGAGCGGGAUGUUCAUUGUGCUGCUGCUGGGCUGGAUCUUCGUCCCCAUCUACCUGCGGGCGGGGGUGGCCACGAUGCCCGAGUACCUGGGCAAGCGCUUCGGGGGGGGCCGCAUCCAGCUGUACCUGGCGCUGCUCUCCCUGGGGCUCUACGUCUCCACCAAGAUCUCGGUGGACAUGUACUCGGGGGCCAUCUUCAUCCGGGAGGCGCUGGGCUGGGACCUGUACGCGGCCGUGGGGGCGCUGCUGGCCGUCACCGCGCUCUACACCAUCACCGGGGGGCUGGCGGCCCUGAUGUACGCGGACCUGGUGCAGACCCUCAUCAUCAUCGCCGGGGCCUCCGUGCUGGCCGGCUACGCGCUGGGGGCGGUGGGGGGCUACGAGGGGCUGGUGGAGCGUUACCCCCUGGCCCUGCCCCCCAACGUGACGGGUCCCUGCGGCCGCCCCCGCCCCGACGCCUUCCACCUCCUGCGGCAUCCCAGUACCGGGGACCUGCCCUGGCCCGGCCUCCUGCUGGGACUGGGCAUCAUCUCGGCCUGGUACUGGUGUACCGACCAGGUGAUCGUGCAGCGGUGCCUGGCCGGUCGCUCGCUGACCCACGUCCGCGCCGGCUGCGUCGUCUGCGGCUACCUCAAAGUCCUGCCCAUGUUCCUCAUGGUGCUGCCCGGCAUGGCCGCCCGCAUCCUCUUCCCCGAGGUCGUGGGCUGCGCCGACCCCCAGGGCUGUCGCCAGGCCUGUGGCUCCCCCGCCGGCUGCUCCAACCUGGCCUACCCCCGCCUGGUCAUCGCCCUCCUGCCCCCGGCUCCGGGGCCCUCUUCACCCUCGACGUCUACCAACGCCUGCGGCCCCACGCCGGGCCCCGCCACCUCCUGAUAGCCGGCAGG